AUGAUCAGUAUCCUUACCCUUGAGGUGAACUACUUCAUCGUACCCGCCGUGGUUAUCUUUAUCUUAUUUGUAAUACCUUUUCCAGGUCUUUCACGCUACGUUUGUCGUGCUGUGACAUUGGUGGAACGAUUAAACUUUCACGGUGUUUCACUACUCUUGUUGCUUGCAGUAGCAACAGUUGCAGGUUUCACUCUUCAGAUGCUGGAAUGGAGGAAAAAAUAUGGUGUUGGUAAGCCUCGAUUUGCAGAUCUAAGUCUUGAAGUUGACUGGGAAGCCAGAAAGUGGAGACAUGAACGCAAUAUGUACAUCCAUGCCCUUGCAGCAGUACUCUCUACUGCGAUAAUGAAGUUUACAAGACUAUACAAUGCUCUGGAAAAGCAAACUUUGUUACGCAGUGAAACUAAGAAAGGAAAAUAG